GCCCCUUUCCCCUCACCGGGACCCGCUCUUGGUUCAUUUCAUAUUGAAACUGCGCCUCCAGGUCGUUGAAGCCGUAAUUGAUUUUUCGCUGCUUUCCAACCUGCCCUCCACCCCGCCCUCAUUCGACCUGCCCCUCAACACUGCCGCCAGAGAUUUGCUGAAUUUCCGGUAUUAACCUGCCACUUCUUCUCUUGAUUGGUCUAACGACCUGUCUCUCAGGGGAAACAUCCUGCCCCCUGCCGUGACGACAGCACGCAGAGGCUGUGGGAGACUGGGUCAAGUGACGUCAUUGCGCACACGGUUAGUCGGACCUUGGUGGGCGAAACGAAGAGGACCCGGAAGGGGAGAGGGGAGACUUCAAGAUGGCGACCUUGACCAUUUGGAGCUAAUUCGUUUGUUGACUUUCGCCUCCUCAAGAGCUAUGUAUUUCCGGGCCAAGAAGAGCACAAUGGAAGAACUUUGUCAACAGAAUGCUUUACUCUUCGAUAAAAUCCAACUUUAAGGGGAUUUACUCUUCAAAUAUUGAGAGAUCCUCCCAACCUUGAGUCUUGGUUGGAUUGUGUUGGGUUGCAAGAUGGUGGCAGCUUGGAGCUUAGCCAGGGUGGGGAUGGCUGGUACUUGGAGAUGGACUACUCUGGCCUCCCCUUCUUUCAGAUGUCGGUCCACCUCGGCCAGUGAUCAUUACCACCACCAGCACCAGCAUCACCAUGAAAUGACCAAAGAACGCUCGAAGGCCGUCAGCACCUUCUACAACCAAACCGCCAUCGACAGCGCGGCCGAAAAGGCAUCUGUGCGGCUCACUCCCACCAUCAUGCUGUACGCCGGCAAGUCACCGGAUGGCACGCACCUGUUGAAGAGCGCCCGCUAUCUGCGGAAGGAGCUGCCGGUGCGAAUCGCCCAUCGGAUCCAGAGUAUCCGCAACCUGCCCUUCAUCCUGGGCUGUAACCCGACCAUCCUGCAGGUGCACGAGCUGUACAUUCGAGCCUUCCAGAAACUCAGUGACUUCCCCCCGAUUCAGGAUGCUGAGGGUGAGGCCCAGUACUGCCGACUGCUCCAACAACUGCUCGAUGACCACAAGGACGUGGUGACCAUGCUGGCCGAGGGGUUCCGCGAGAGCCGCAAGUACGUGGAGGACGAGACAGUCAUCCAGGCCUUCCUGGACAAGACCCUGACGUCGAGGCUGGGGAUGCGGAUGCUGGCCACUCACCACCUAGCCCUCCACGAGGACAGGCCGGAUUUUGUCGGCAUCAUCUGUACCCGCCUGUCACCGAAGAAGAUCAUCGAGAAAUGGGUCGACUUUGCCAGGCGCCUCUGUGAACACAAGUACGGGAAUGCUCCGCGUGUCCGCAUCAGUGGGCACGUGGCGGCUCGCUUUCCCUACAUCCCGAUGCCUCUGGACUACAUCCUCCCGGAGUUGCUAAAGAACGCCAUGAGGGCGACCAUGGAGAGCCACCUGGACACACCGUACAACGUUCCAGACAUUGUUGUGACAAUCGCCAACAACGACAUCGACUUUAUCAUCAGGAUUUCAGACCGAGGAGGAGGGAUUCCACACGAGAGCCUCCACAGGGUGAUGGACUACCACUUCACAACGGCAGGAUCCAGCAACCAGGACCUGCUGUGCAACACCAUGCUGGGAAACAUGGUGGACAUGGUUAACAGUGGCCAGUCCAGCCCCAUGCACGGGUUUGGUUUUGGUCUGCCCACUUCCCGCGCCUAUGCGGAGUAUCUGCGUGGCUCACUGGUGGUCCAGUCACUCCAGGGGAUCGGCACAGACGUCUAUCUCCGCCUGAGGCACAUCGAUGGCAAGGAGGAGAGCUUCCGCAUCUGACCUGGGAGACCCUCGGACUCUCCCCACCGUGCUGUGGUGUGCCCUGGGACAGAGAGGGAGAGAGAAGUUAAGCAGACUCUCAGGCAUCCCUUCUCAUUAUCAUUGGUCAACAAGACCAGGUAGAGAUCAGGCAUCCCUUCCAACCCACCUCCACCCCCAUUCCCUCCCCAUUAGACCCUCGUCAGGAAGGCUGCUUCAGGCUUUGUACCUCGAUAUCUCUGAAGCUGAGGAGUCCACUGGGAAAGCCUUGAGCUGCUAGCAUCCACUCAACCUCUGGUCAUCCCUCCCAGUCCCGGUCAAUUCACUGCCAGCCAGGGCCAGCUUGCUACUCCUUUUCGGCUCACCGCCGGCCAGCGGGCCUCUUACAGUACUCCCAACAGCACCCUCUCACCAACUGAUACGUCAGCAAGGAGACCAUAUCAAAAUAUCAGCACCACCCACCCCAACCAAGGAAUCCCAGUCAUCCAGUACCAUUUUCUCUGCAACUAAUAUAUCAUCUGGAAGGCAAUCUCAAUAUGCUACCACUGCUUCUUCAACGAGUUCUUUGCCAAUAAGGCUGUAUCAAUAUUCAUGUACCAUUCCUCAUCCCCAAAUGACCACUGAUCCAACCAGGCCAAUUCGAUCUUCCAACAGCAUUUCACUUCCAACUACUACUACAUCAAUGAGGCCAUUUCAGUCCUUCAGUGCUGUUUCCAAAUGAACACUGACCCAACCAGACUAAUUCCAUCUUCCAAAAUAAUUUGUUCUCCAACUAGUUUAUCACCGAGGAGCUAUAUCAAAGUUCUUGGGACUCUUUCCUGUCCCAAAUGACCAUGGACCCAAACCAGGCCAUUUCAAUCCUUCGACAGCAUUUCUUUGUCAGUUAGUACAUCACCAACUAGGCCAUAUCAAUAUUGGAUACUGACUCAGCCAGACCAAAUCCAUCCUCCAUUGCCAUUUUGUAUCCAACUACUUUAUCGCCAAUGCGACUGUAUCAAAAUCCUUGGACCAUUCUCCAUCCCUAAAUGACCAUGGACUUGAACAGUCCUCCAGCAACAUUCCAUCUCCAAUUAAUAAAUCGCUAGCCAGAAGAUCACAAUACCCCGACAAAGCUUUGUCUCUAACUAGUCCAUCACCCAUGAGGUUGUGUCAGAAUCUCCCCAUCCCCAGACCAGUUCAUCAAGUUCCUCCAACUAAUUGAUUGCCAGUCCUCCUACAUCAUUUCCUCUGUGACUGAUACAUUGCCAAUGAGGCUGUUCUGAAAUCCCAGACCACUCUUCAUCCUCCAACCAGCCGUCUCAAUCGUCCAACACCAUUCCAUCACCAACCACACCACCUCAAUCCUCCAACUUCAACUAAUUCAUGACUGGUGAGGCCGUUUCCAAGUUCCUACAUCCCUCCCUGUUCUCGAGGGACACUGAAUUAAACAGGCUCCCCAGCACAAUCUCCUCUCCAAUGGACUCGUUGCCAGUGAGGAUAUGGUCUCCCCAGUUGUUCGGAGGCUCCUAGACCACCAUCCAUCCACCCACUCCCCCCAUCCCAAUCGUCAAGGCUGCUUCCGGAUCGACAAUAUCGCGGCCUCUCUGGAAUCACUAAUGUUCUCAGGACCACCCACCUCCUGUAUCCACUCCAUUGUGGGAGGGCAAAGGAGUUGGCUUGGCCAGGGAGAGCUUCCUGGACUGUACACUCCACGGUGGGAGUGUUGGGUCCUCUACGCCACUGACAUGAGACAGAAGGGUUCUUGCCAUUCCCUUCCGACAUGUGGGAAUCUGUGCACAAUCACACAACACCCCUAUGGGAAUUCCUGCAACAUUCACUUCUGACAUGUGAAGGUUUCUGCAUCACUACCUCCUGACGUGCAUGAGGGGAUUUCCUUAUUCCCACAACACACAUGUGGGAAAUUUCCAUUUCCCUCAGGUGUGAGUGUGGAAGAUUAAGCAUUCUCCACAAACAUGUAUGUGGGUACUUCCUGAUACUCUACUCUGCCACACGUAGGAACUUCCACCCCUUCCCUGGUUCGUGUGGACGUUUCCACACCAUUGCCUUCCUAAAUGUGUAGAUAUUUUCUGCCUGUGCCUUUCCAACGCAUGUAGGCGAUUCCAUUCCAUUCCCUUCUGACCUACUCGUAGAAAUUUCCCGAUCAUUCCCAAAUAGCAAUUUUCUGCAUGUGCCUCUCCAGCAGGCGAGUAGGAAUUUCCAUAUUAUUCCUCUCCAAGUCACGUGUUGGAAUUUCCUGACCAUUUGCCUCUGACGAGCAUGCAGAAAUUCAUAGACCAUUUCUCAACGUGUAUGUGGGAAUUUCCUGACUACUCCUCUGUGUGUAUCAUUCGAGUGUUCCCUCUGACCGGAGAAGAAAUUUCCACACUGUUCCGCUCUGAAUGCAGGAAUUCCCACGCCUUUCCCUUCAACACACGUGUGGAAACCUCCACACUGUCUCUCUCUAACACCGACACGGGUCUGUGGAAGUUGGGGUAUCGGGGGCCCACUCCUCUUGCCCCCUUGCCCCUCCCUUUCUCUUCCACCCUCUUCUUGCCUCCACCCACCCCGCUCUCCCCGACUGCUCCUUUGCCCCAGUCUCCUCCCCUCCCUCCUUCUUCAGCUUCUUAUCUUACCUGCCUUAUCCCCUCCCCUCUCCAUUUUCAGGAUCUCAACUCCAGAAUCUCCUCCCUCCCUUUCCCCCUUCCCUUCACAGGCUCACCUCUUACCCCACUGCUCUCCCCUGGAUUCUGGCUGGAAAAAUGGGGCCUGUAUGGGGGUGGGGUGCAGAGAGUGAGCUGGGAGUUGAUGCAGGAGCACAGGGAGGGGGUUAACCGAAUCUCCCUUUCCCCACCCCAACUGCUUGCAGCUAGGAGUCUGCUCCCACUGGGAUCCUGUACCGAGGGUGGCGAGGACACAUUCCCCACCACACCGCACUCCGUCCUCCGCCGCUGGCCCAGCCUUGCUACACACCUGCCUUCCUGGCACGGCAAGACACCCUCUAACUCAUUAAACCAUAGCGUCUCCAAUCCCGCAUCCUGCUUUCUCUGUUUG